AUGAACGUCCUCCAGGACAAGAUCAUCUCGCUCGAUCGACGCUUCAAGUCCAAGAACGUCGGCCUGACCGACAAACUCGAUCAGAUCGCCGACCUGCUGAAGAAGCUGUCGGCGGUGCAGUAUAAAUUGAGGUUGGAGAAGAGUUCGCUUGAGGAUACCGUUGAAGAGCUGCGGAGGGAGUUGGAGGCUGCGAAGCGGCGGACGGAGUCACUUGAGGUGAGCGAGAGUAUGCUAAAUGAAGUUAUGCGAUCGGAGAAGAUCGCGUUCGAGGAGGAGCUGAGCGACGCUGCGAACCGGUUGAAGUUUGAGAGCAAGGUCGUUGAGAUCAGCGUGAAGGAAGCUGGGCUAUCGCUGCUCGAGUCGCAACUUGCGGAGAAGGCUGAACAGCUGCGCGAUCUGUCCAACGAACGUGACGAGCUGGUGAUCAAGUGCAGCAAGCUGAAGGUUGUCCUGAAGGACAUGACCAACAUUUUGGAAACCCAGAAGCAGAGUCGCUCGAUAGCGAGCAGGAAUAGCGUUAGCGAAGAGGUCAAGUCGAAGCGGGACAGCCUGACCGAGCAGUUUGAGGAGCUGACCGAGUCGGUGACGGUGCUGGAGGAAGAUCGGGACACGUUGCGCGAGGAAAUGUGCCGGCUGGAGGCGGAGUGCAAGCGGGUUGACAGAGGGAAGAAAGCGCAGUGCGGGAAGUUGCUCGGUGAGCUGGCUCGGAAGAAUGAGGUGUUGCAGGACUACGACACGCUGAACGAAGACUUCAUGAGCGAGCGGGACGCUGAGGAGACGCUGUUCGACGAGAAGCAAGCCGUCAAGUCGCAGCUGACGGCCAAAGAGAAGCAGCUGGACAUCGUUGGCAAUUAA